GUUUCUCAUUUAGAAAAAGUAGCAGAAAACGGCCGGAGUCUGGUCAAUGGGAUUGAAGUGCGCCGGGAAAGGGAAUGGAACUCGAUGCUUAGACCCGCCCUGAAAACACUGCAUUCGGUGUGGAAGGAUCAUGGAGAAGAGUGUGAAAGGUUAGAGCAGCAAAUGAAGCACUUAGAUUUGUUGAAUGAUUUUCGGUUCACCUUUUCUCAUGAAGCUACUGUUCAGAUUAGAGAAAAGCAAGAGAACAAGUGUUCAUCCUUGGGCAAGAGGGACAUUCAUCAAAUGGGAAUUUGGAUUUGUGAAUGCUAUUCGGUGCAUCAUCGGCUAUGUCGUUUGGUUAUUCUAGUGCAGAGAAACCUUCUGAGCAUAGAAGAAAUAAAUAUGGCGAUAAAGGCCCUUCUUGGCACAAUCUUCACUUUGGCUAAAAGGCUCUUUUGGUUAGGUUAUCAUCGAUGGUGGUGUUCCUCUCUCCCUCUUACAGAACAGAGAAGCAAGAACUACUUGCAAUACACCAACUGAUGAACUAGUUCCAUGCUAGUAUACUUUUGUAGUCUUUUUCUUUCCCUAUAUUUGCAAGCCUUUCUGUAAAGCUAUUGUGGUGCAUUUGCCCUUUAUAAUGUACAAAAGAUGAUUUUUUUUGAAUUAAAUUGGAGACUUUCUUAAAAUCAUUUUCUUUCUGAUGCUUAUUUAAUUUUAUGUUGUUUAAUUUGUAUGUUCCUUAUAUUUUUAUCCUAAAUAUUUGUUGUUUGUAGGUUUCUUAAUGGUUCCCCCAUUGUUUUCAGAUAAUGGCCUUUUGUCUAGACUCAAUUCUAUAUUUCUUUGUUUCGCACCAACUUUCCUUUUACUCUCUAUUGGGUAUAUCUCAUUUCAAACUUUCGUCGUUAUGGUGCUUAAUUAAC